ACCCCCCUCUCAUAAAUGCGGCCCAGAAGAAGGGGGGCGCGAGAGAAGAUGCGAAACUGCUGGAUUGCGUCGGCAAUCCUGGCGGCGGUGGUGGCGGGAGCCCUGGCGGCGCCGCCACACUCGCCACCGCCAGCGCUCCCCGUGGUUCCUGGCGGAGGAGGGAGCAAUGGCAGUUCUAGCGACGAAGAGGGCACAGUGCCAUCCCUGCCAGUGGAGUGGCAAGCCAUGGCCUGCGACCUCCAUUUCGCGGGGAUCAGCUUCGGUGGGCUCAGGAGCGCUUGCGAGAAGAAGCACCAUAGCCAGGAUCUCCGCUCGCGCUGCUGCCCUGUUCUCGCAUCGUGGCUCUUCGCCGCGCAGGCCGAGACCACAAUGCGCGCCAUCGCCGCCGCCGCCGCCACCAGCUCCUCGAGCUCUUCCUCGCCAUCGCCACAGGUGGAGAUGCCAGUGCCGCCGGACGAUUCGGCGGUGUGCGCCGCGAGCUUGCAGCAGGGCUUCCACUCCCGCGGCAUCGAUCUCCCGCUGCUCAACGCGUCGUGCGACAUGAGCCUGUGCUACUGCGGCAUCCGGCUGCGCCAAAUGGCAUCGCUCAACUGUCCCGUGGGCUACUUCCACAAGAACAGGAGCGCGCUUCUUCCAUCUCACGCGCCCUUCCUCCGCCACCUCCAGUCAAACUGCUCCGAUCCAUCGCUCCACGGGUGCUCCUCUUGCAUCGCCGCCCUCGACAAUUCCGUGGUUUGGAUCGGGCAGAAGGUCGCCGCCAAUCCAAAAGCUGGCAGCAGCGGCGCGACGCCAUCGACAUUGGAUUGCCGGCUCAUGGGAUUGAUGUGGCUGCUGUCGGACAAUCGGACGCGUUUCAUCCCGACGGUGUCGGCGGUGCUGCGAGCGCUGCUCUACAGCACGGAUUCGGAUGAUCAAGAUGCUAGCGCUGGCGAUGGCGAAGUUCCAGCGGCCGCCAGCCCUGGCGCUUGCCGCAGUGAUCAAGCGCAGUUGCCACUGGCGAGUGACAGUCUGGGACCAGAGGAUUCGGCAGCGCUGCUAGCGCAUUCGCCAUUAACGCUCUUCUUCCACCGCGCCUUCUUCUUCGUCCUCUUCCUCCUCUCGGUGUGGUGAACGAUCCAACUCUUGCUCGAUGGGAUUGGAUCGGAUCGCCCUUUGUGUUUGUGCUUCUUUAUUUUUCCACCUUUCGCUCUUGGUCUUCGUUUUGACGACUCGGGUCGGGUCUCUUUUCUUCCUGUAAAUAAGACUCCACUUCAAUCACUCUCGCCACCGCGGACCGAGAUUUUCAAAGGCGUGA